GUUUAAUUGACUUUCUUCGCCCGCGCUUCCAUCUUCGCGUUUCGAGUGAUCUCUUUGGUCUGUCAGUCUAGCUCCGUUCCGACUUGCCAUAGAGGGCUGCCAUUGAGGGCCACUGAUGCAUCUCGUAUCCUCUUGUGCUUGUCGGUAGUACCACGAUCCCGGUGAAUAAUCAUAAUGGCGCCUGCGGCGAAGGAGGAACCGGCGGCCAUGAGCGCGUUCGAGCGCAAGCGCCUCGAGAAUAUCGCGAACAACAACGCCAUCCUGAGUGAAAUCAGCACGACCGCGGCCAAGAUCAUCCCGAAACCGGCGCCUCCCAAGCCAAAGCGCCCGAGCGCGCCGCGCGUAAAACGGGAGCCUGUCCAGCGUGAACCGCUCCGUCCGACGCGACAAAGCAGUCGACUGGCGGGACUCGGUGCCGAUGCUGAUGUUCUCAAGCGCAAGGCCGAGGUGGAGGCCGAGGUCGAAGCAGAGAAGGCCAAGGCGAAGAAGAUGCGUAUCAGCGGAGACCUAAAUCUCGGCGAUAUCCAGGUUGAGGGCCGCAAGUGGGAAGCGGGACUCGACGGGUUGGCGGGGCUGAAGGGGCUCCCGGUCCGAGGCGCACAACCCGGGGUUCGGACAUUUACGGAUGAAGAUGUGAAGAGUACAACGGAUAAGGGCCUUAAGGACCUGAGGUUGCGCAUGAGCGGGCUGAAGCUUUACGAAAAAUGGCCGGUGCAGGAUAUCAAAAUUGUGCCGCAACGGAUAUACUCGAUGGGCUUCCAUCCAACAGAAGCUAAGCCGAUCGUAUUCGCGGGCGACAAGGAGGGUGCAAUGGGCGUGUUCGACGCAUCACAAGAGCCCUCCAAAGUCGAGGACGACGAGGACGAGGAGGCGGAGCUGCCAGACCCCGUAAUAUCAGCUUUCAAGACGCAUUCGAGGACCAUCUCAUCCUUUCACUUCUCUCCGGUCGACGCAAACGCCGUCUUUUCUGCCUCGUAUGACUCAUCAAUCCGCAAGCUGGAUCUCGACAAGGGCAUCUCCACCCAGGUCUUCGCGCCUGCGGACCCGGACGAGGACCUACCCAUCAGCGCGAUCGACAUGGCGACAUCUGAACCCAACAUCAUCAUCUUCUCCACGCUCCAAGGCUCGCUCGGACGGCACGACCUGCGCACCAAGCCCUCGACAGCCGAGCUCUGGAGCCUCACCGACCAGAAGAUCGGCGGUUUCUCGCUGCACCCGCUCCAUCCGCACCUCGUCGCGACCGCCUCGCUGGACCGGACGCUCAAGAUCUGGGACCUGCGCAAGAUCCAGGGCAAGGGCAGCGCCCGCGCGCCCGCGCUGCUCGGCUCGCACGAAUCCCGCCUGUCGGUCUCGCACGCGAGCUGGAGCAGCGCCGGCCACGUCGCGACGUCCAGCUACGACGACCGCAUCAAGAUCUACUCGUUCCCAGACGCGGGCACGUGGAGCGCCGGCGCCGAGCUGUCGGAGUCGCAGAUGGCGCCCACGCGGGAGAUCCCGCACAACAACCAGACCGGGCGCUGGGUCACCAUCCUCAAGCCGCAGUGGCAGCGCAGCCCGCGGGACGGGCUGCAGAAGUUUGUGAUCGGGAACAUGAACCGGUUUGUCGAUGUAUUUGCGGCGGAUGGCGAGCAGCUGGCGCAGCUGGACGGCGAGGGCAUCACGGCGGUGCCGGCGGUCGCGCACUUCCACCCGACCAUGGACUGGGUGGCGGGCGGUAACGCGAGCGGGAAACUGUGUCUAUGGAUGUGAGCAUGGCGCUGGCUAAGUGGUGACAUAACAGUAACUGAUAUUGUGGGUGUAUGCGCUGGACGUGUUAUGCGAGUUGCGAGUUCAUAAUAAUUACAGCACCGCAAUGCCGAGACGGUUGGAAGGGCGGGAGGGUGCCGCUGUCCGGAUCAGCCAGCAACCCGUCUUCCGUCCCGAUCUGCCGCUAUUUGCAUCCUUCUGUAUGUUCACCAUGUUCGAGUUGUGAUUGGCAGUCGAAGGUUAGGACCAAUUGCUCGCUGCGAAUGGCCUCAUGUUCGGCUCCGGAGGAGAAGUUGAGGAUCGCUAAUCCGAG